AUAGGUCCAUGUUGUAUGUGCGUGCUGAAGUGCUUUGGGUUUUAAUAAUGUUUCCCUUCUUCCGCACUUUAUAAAAGUGAAAAAUCAAGAAAAAUUGGCACUUUUAUAACCGUGCCAUGUUGCAUCCUCCUUGCUGUCAAUCAGUCAGCUAGAAGGUGCUCUUCCUAAGUGGUUUAUGCCGGAAACCAAAGGGAUUUGCAAUGCACCUCAUAGAGAGGAAUUGCAGGUGUAGCACAGUGAUUGCAUUGUAUGCACCCAACAACAAUGUUUUUCUCUAAGAUGCGUUCUGUUGGCCAGGAGAUCAUUGAUAUUGGAGUGGAGUGGUGGCUAGGGACUGUCACGACGCUGGAUUAAAGGUAAGUUAAGCCUUUAUUUUAUAGGUAUUGUGGAGGAAAGAGAGACCAGGAGAUACACCACUGUUAUAAUUAAUGUAUUCGUGUGAGUGUUUGUUUAAUGUGUUUAUUCAUUAUUUGUUAUUUAUUUUGUAGAUAUAUUUUACAUUUAUUGUUUUUAUGAUGAUAAUAUAAAGCAAAUACAUCAUGGGUUGAUGCCUUUAAUCAUGAAUUAUAAACUAAAAGUUGACUGGUAUGAAGUGUAAAUCAAAUAUUCAUAAAUAUCUCUACUCUUUCUCUUAUAUAACCCUGGGAAGAUGGGACGUGAAUUGCAUCAUUUGUCUGGAGAUGACUGGGACAAAUUAGUGAGAUCGUGGUCUACUUCCAUUAAUGAUUUUUGUGAAACCAGUGUAGAUCAAAAAGGAGGCUUCUUUGUUUUGGGUGAAGAUGUACCAUUUGACAGACAGUGGGAGAUUGCUGGUGUACUAUUGCAUGCAGAGGCACAAAAGGUUUUACUUCCUAUCCUUUACCAGAUUCUUUACCACGAAGAGAAAAGUUUAUGCGUGAACCCAAUGGCUUUAGAUAAAGAUAACAACCCUGCUGUCAGCUGGUCCCCAUGGGGGUCAGAGAUCAGCUUGUCAGUGAUUGGAAGUGAGAGUAAUGUCUCAAACUGUGAUCAUCAGCAUGAGCCUCCAUUGUUAACUAUGCUGAAUUUAAGAACCAGUGAAACAUCCCAAUACCUUGUCCAGUUCAAAAAGAGUUUAACAACUGUCUGGAAAACUAUAGUGAGCCACAGAUUUUCUGGACCUUUCAUGAAACCAGUAUCAGACAAGCAGGCUCCUGGAUAUCAAAAGAUAGUAAAACGGCCUAUGGACCUUGUUACAGUAAAGCGAGGAGUGUCAAAAGGGAGGAUUAAAAGCAUUGUUGAGUUCCAGCAGAAUGUCAUGUUAGUGUUCCAGAACGCCAUCAUGUACAACAGCUCCAAUCAUGUUAUCUAUCACAAAGCCAUUGAGAUGCAGCAUGACACUGUGGAAUUGCUGCAGGUUCUAAACUUGCAUUAGAACGAACUCACGUGUCAAAUCAUCACCAAUACGUUUUCUAAUAGGAUUAAGAUUCUACAAUGGUACCAAUCUGCCAUUCAAUAGCCCUCUGAAUAACACCGGAGAAAAAGCAAUACAUAUACAUUGUGAUAAAGAUUUCCCUCCAGUAUAAUGUAGUUUUAAAUUCCUGGUUGGUUGUGAAUAUUUUUUUUACACAUUCGUUUCUCAAGUUUCUAGCUUUA